AGGAACGCAUAAAACUAUAAUGGAAAUCCUUAUGGCCAAGAAUGAUAAACUUGAAAUGAAACUCAGCCAUUUAGAAGAAUUACACGAGCUGCGGAAGAAACGCGAAAGCAUCUCGAAAAGUGAUCGCUCCAGGGCAGGAACAAAUACUGUUAACCAAAAUAGUGUAGGAGGUAUUUCUAUGGUCAACAAAGAAAAUCUCGAAGUAUCCCGGAAUGAUAAUUUUAUACAGCAGAAAGUACUAAGCAGAAAAUUGAAUGGCAUUAAUGAUGGAAACGUCAAAGACUAUGCCUCUAACAGAGGAAACAGACAAAACAGAGCUUUCCAACACGUGGCGUUUUCUGCAUACAUAGAUAUCAUGCAAGAUAACGUAGGAAGUGGAGUCACAAUGAAGUACAAUCAAGUGUUCACAAAUGACGGAGGCGGGUACAAUAAACAUACCGGCAUCUUUACCGUCCCCGUUUCAGGCGUUUACUUUUUUACAUUUACUGUGCACGCAAACCGAAGAAUGACAACAUUGCGAAUGUUAAAGGAUGGCGUCAAUGUUAUCAAUGCAAUUGUAGAAGCGGCGAAUUCUACAUCUAUACCAUACCAGCAUAGCAUGUCCUCAAACAGCGCUAUUCUUAACGUAAACGCUGGUGAGUCAAUAUGGCUUGAAACAAUCUACAAUAACGACAUACACAUUUGGUCGAAUGAAGAAUAUCGAGCAGACACGUUCAGUGGUUUUCUGUUGUACAAGCAUCAUCAGUAAAGACAAUUGAAUCUUCAAAAGAAUAACAAUCGAAUACAUACGUACUUGUCCGAUAUAGACGAAUAAAUAAUGAUAGACAUCUUGUGCAGGUU